UGGCCGAGAACGCUCUUCGGGUCUUGUCAUUUUCUCUCUCAUCUUCUGCCCCCUCCCCCCACUUCCAUGGGCCCUAGAAGGAGGAGGGGCAGCGGCAAAGUAGAGAACGUGGGAAGAAGUCACGUUAUUUUACUGAGCACCUACUAUUUGCCGGGCACUUCUGGGGCCUCCCCUCUCCUCUGCACCCGAGAUCCAACUCAGAUAGGGGUAGAGAGGAAGGAAGGGUGGGCGGAGUCAGAAGCGGGUUGAGGAGGCUGGCGGAUUCAUCUGCCCCCUUUCAGUGAACCGACCGAACUAACUGCAGCCCGAGGACUUGCUGGGGAGGGGUGGCGGGUCCCCGGGCAAAGGAAAGGCUCAAUUGUGCGAAGGCUUCCUGCCCUGCCAGCUCGCGGCCCCAGCCUAGCUACCAAGCAGCCGCCUUUCUGCGGCUGGGGAGGCGGGACGGGAAGGCGAAGGCAGGAAAGGGUUACGGGAAUAGCUUUCCAAUGACAAAGUCUGGAAGGGACCCAUGCCUCCGCCCCUCUGCGGGUUAAACUGGCACAGUGCGGGGGGAGGAAGACGAGGGCGACCAGAAACACAGCCUGCCCUGCUGCCCGCCCCCCCCACACCCCCCGGUCGCCGGGCACCCCCUCCCCGGGCCCGCGUCGGAGGCAGCCGGCGUGUGCCUGGGGCAGCGGGUCACGAGGCUCCGCCCCCGGCAGCCCGGCCCCGGGGGACGCACUUUGUUCAGGAUGCCGCCUCCCCGCUCAUUGUGGGGCCGGGGCCGGCGGCGGCCCUAGUGUGAGCGCGCGGCUGGAGCGCGCGGCGGACGCCGACCCCCGAGCGAGGGCCGGACCCGGCCCGGGGACCCCGGAGAAACUUUCUUAUCGCGAGGAGAGCGCGCCCGGCCCCGCGCUGCGCUGGGGAUGCGCGGCUCUGCGCGGCGGCGGCGCGGACCGGGACCCGGAGCUGGAGCCGGGGAGGGCAGGCGCGCCGGAACACUCAACAGGAUUUCAAGAGUUGGCCAUGGAAAGGACACGAGAGAGAGGAGAAUCAAAGAAGCAUACAGUCUUUUUUGGAAGAGCACUGCACUGAGAGCCGGGGCCUGACUUUGGAUCCCUCUUGCUCAUCUGUCCAGUAGGACAGUAGUCCUCAUUGCCACCUUGCUCACCAUGAAUGGGAUGGCCAAUGUGAACUCGGCCAGCCGGCCCCACUAUGCCUCCUCCAUACCUGUGCCUCGGGCUGCUUCCCAGACCAGGAUUCAUACACCGGGCGCCUCUCCCCAGCUGCGGCCACGCCAGGCCGGCCUGGCCCUGAGCCCCCAGCGUUCGGCCUCCCCAAGACUGGGCAAAGCAGGAGGCCCUUCCAGAAACUCCUCUCCUAAGGCCUCUCGGGGGAGAGGCUCCCCCAAGACUUCUGGGGCAGGGAGAGAGUCAGCUGAGGGUGGUGAAGGCCUCUCCAGCUCCCCAUGGAGCAGUCCCAGGGCAAGCCCAAAAGCUGCCCUCUCCAGACGGGCUGGGUCCAGAAGAACUGGGGAGACACAAGGCACCCAGGGAAAGAAGAAGGUGGCUCAGGAAGGGAUUCCAGUCCGCCAGACCCGGGGCAGGAGCCCAUCCCGAAUGAGCUCUCAUGGAGAAACUCAAAUACCAGGGGCUCCUGAAGGUCGAAAACCUCCUAACCACCCGGGAAAGGACCAAAGAGAUACAAACUACAAAAGUCCAGGGGUCUCGAAGUCUUUGGAGCCUGAUGCCGGGGCAGCAUCAGGGGCUUCUUCCCCAGUGUGCAGCCCUGUGCAGAGCAAGCGCCCCUCCCCCACCCCAGGGGCCAUCAGCUUCGCCUCGGUCCAUCAGCAGAGUCAGCCAGUCACAGCCACAGUAGCCCCCUUCCAGUACAGGCUUCAGACAGACCAGGAACCUGGUCCCGUCCCCCAGGCUAGCUGGGCCCUCGAUGGCUAUUCUGGCCCCCCUGGUGGGACCGAGGAGAGCUUCUCCUACACAGACGCGCGGAUCGUCCAUGCGCUCCUCGCGGGCAGAAUGCUGGGCAGCAGCGUCAAGAGCGUGCAACCCGAGGUGGAGCUGAGCGGCGGCGGCGGCGGGGACGAGGGAGCGGACGAGCCUCGGGGCGCCGGUAGGAAGGCUGCAGCGGCGGACGGCAGAGGCAUGCUGCCCAAGCGCGCCAAGGCGCCCGGCGGCGGUGGCGGCAUGGCCAAGGCCAGUGCGGCCGAGCUGAAGGUCUUCAAGUCCGGCAGCGUGGACAGCCGAGUCCCCGGCGGGCCGCCCGCCUCCAACCUGCGCAAGCAGAAGUCGCUCACCAACCUCUCGUUCCUCACCGACUCGGAGAAAAAGCUGCAGCUUUAUGAGCCCGAGUGGAGCGACGAUAUGGCCAAGGCGCCCAAGGGCUUGGGUAAGGCGGGGUCCAAAGGCCGCGAGGCUCCGCUUAUGUCCAAGACGCUGUCCAAGUCGGAGCACUCGCUCUUCCAGGCAAAGGGCAGCCCGGCGGGCGGCGCCAAGACCCCCCUGGCUCCCCUCGCGCCCAGCCUGGGAAAGCCGAGCCGGAUCCCGCGCGGCCCCUACGCCGAGGUCAAGCCGCUCAGCAAGGCUCCUGAGGCAGCCGUGAGCGACGACGGCAAGUCGGACGACGAGCUGCUCUCCAGCAAGGCCAAGGCGCAAAAGGGCUCCGGGCCGGUGCCCUCCGCCAAGGGCCAGGAGGAACGCGCCUUCCUCAAGGUGGACCCCGAGCUUGUGGUGACCGUGCUGGGAGACCUGGAGCAGCUGCUCUUCAGCCAGAUGCUGGACCCAGAGUCCCAGAGAAAGAGGACAGUGCAGAACGUCCUGGAUCUUCGACAGAACCUGGAAGAGACCAUGUCCAGCCUGCGAGGGUCCCAGGUGACUCACAGCUCCCUGGAGAUGACCUGCUACGACAGUGACGACGCCAACCCUCGCAGUGUGUCCAGCCUCUCCAGCCGCUCGUCCCCUCUGUCCUGGCGCUAUGGCCAGUCCAGCCCGCGGCUGCAGGCUGGGGACGCGCCCUCGGUGGGCGGGGGCUGCCGCUCGGAGGGGCCGCCCGCCUGGUACAUGCACGGGGAGCGGGCCCACUACUCGCACACCAUGCCCAUGCGCAGCCCGAGCAAGCUCAGCCACAUCUCCCGCCUGGAGCUGGUCGAGUCCCUGGACUCGGACGAGGUGGACCUCAAGUCCGGCUACAUGAGCGACAGCGACCUCAUGGGCAAGACCAUGACGGAAGACGACGACAUCACUACCGGCUGGGAUGAGAGCAGCUCCAUCAGCAGUGGGCUCAGUGAUGCCUCGGACAACCUCAGCUCAGAAGAGUUCAAUGCCAGCUCCUCCCUCAACUCCCUCCCAACUACUCCCACUGCUUCUCGCAGGAACUCUACAAUAGUGCUCCGCACAGACUCAGAGAAGCGCUCACUGGCAGAAAGCGGGCUGAGCUGGUUUAGUGAAUCAGAGGAGAAGGCCCCCAAAAAACUGGAGUACGACAGUGGUAGCCUGAAGAUGGAACCUGGGACUUCUAAGUGGCGGAGAGAGCGGCCCGAAAGCUGUGAUGAUUCAUCCAAGGUUGGAGAACUGAAAAAGCCUGUCAGCCUGGGACACCCUGGUUCCCUGAAGAAGGGCAAGACCCCGCCGGUGGCUGUCACUUCCCCCAUCACUCACACAGCCCAGAGUGCCCUCAAAGUCGCAGGCAAACCGGAAGGCAAAGCUACGGACAAGGGUAAACUUGCAGUGAAGAACACCGGGCUACAGCGCUCCUCCUCUGACGCCGGCCGGGAUCGCCUGAGUGAUGCUAAGAAGCCUCCCUCGGGCAUUGCUCGCCCCUCCACUUCAGGAUCUUUUGGCUACAAGAAGCCUCCUCCUGCCACAGGCACAGCCACUGUCAUGCAGACCGGGGGUUCGGCCACUCUCAGUAAAAUCCAGAAGUCCUCAGGCAUCCCUGUCAAGCCCGUGAAUGGACGCAAGACCAGCCUAGAUGUGUCCAACAGCGCAGAGCCCGGAUUCCUGGCUCCUGGCGCCCGUUCCAACAUCCAGUACCGAAGCCUGCCCCGGCCAGCCAAGUCCAGUUCCAUGAGCGUGACCGGUGGGCGGGGCGGACCUCGCCCUGUUAGCAGCAGCAUUGACCCCAGCCUUCUUAGCACCAAGCAGGGGGGCCUUACACCCUCCAGACUGAAGGAGCCUUCCAAGGUGGCCAGUGGGCGGACCACUCCAGCCCCUGUCAAUCAGACCGAUAGGGAAAAGGAGAAAGCCAAAGCCAAGGCGGUGGCCUUGGACUCAGACAACAUCUCCCUGAAGAGCAUUGGCUCCCCAGAGAGUACUCCGAAGAACCAAGCCAGCCACCCCCCAGCCACCAAGUUGGCAGAACUGCCACCAACCCCUCUCAGGGCCACAGCUAAGAGCUUUGUCAAGCCACCCUCCCUAGCCAACCUAGACAAGGUCAACUCCAACAGUCUGGAUCUGCCAUCGUCGAGUGAGGCCCACGCUUCAAAGGUCCCAGAUCUGCAUCCUACAAGCUCAGCGACCGGGAGCCCUCUCCCUUCUUGCUUCACCCCUAGUCCAGCACCCAUUCUCAAUAUUAACUCAGCCAGCUUCUCCCAGGGCCUGGAGCUAAUGAGUGGUUUCAGUGUCCCCAAAGAGACCCGCAUGUACCCCAAACUCUCAGGCCUGCACAGGAGCAUGGAGUCCCUCCAGAUGCCAAUGAGCCUGCCCAGUGCCUUCCCCAGCAGUACCCCUGUUCCCACCCCCCCGGCUCCCCCUGCUGCACCCCCAGAGGAAGAGACGGAAGAGCUGACCUGGAGUGGAAGCCCCAGAACUGGGCAAUUGGACAGCAAUCAGCGGGAUCGGAACACUCUUCCCAAGAAAGGGCUCAGGUACCAGCUUCAGUCCCAGGAGGACACCAAGGAGAGGCGACACUCCCAUACCAUUGGUGGGCUGCCCGAAGCCGACGACCAGUCAGAGCUGCCUUCCCCCCCUGCACUCUCCAUGUCCUUGAGUGCAAAGGGCCAGCUUACCAACAUAGUGAGUCCCACUGCGGCCACCACGCCAAGAAUCACCCGCUCCAACAGCAUCCCCACCCACGAGGCGGCCUUCGAGCUGUACAGCGGCUCCCAAAUGGGGAGCACCCUGUCCCUGGCCGAGAGACCCAAGGGGAUGAUUCGGUCAGGAUCCUUCCGAGACCCCACGGACGACGUUCACGGCUCAGUGCUGUCCCUGGCCUCCAGUGCCUCCUCCACUUACUCCUCAGCUGAAGAAAGGAUGCAAUCUGAGCAAAUCCGAAAGCUUCGCAGGGAACUGGAAUCAUCCCAGGAAAAAGUGGCCACCCUGACGUCUCAACUCUCUGCCAAUGCUAAUCUAGUGGCAGCUUUCGAGCAGAGCCUAGUGAAUAUGACAUCCCGUCUCCGACACCUGGCAGAGACAGCAGAGGAGAAGGAUACCGAGCUGCUGGAUUUACGAGAAACCAUCGACUUCCUGAAGAAAAAGAACUCUGAAGCACAGGCAGUCAUUCAGGGAGCCCUCAGUGCCUCAGAAACCACACCCAAAGAACUCCGGAUCAAGAGGCAGAACUCCUCAGAUAGCAUCUCGAGCCUCAACAGCAUCACCAGCCAUUCCAGCAUUGGCAGUGGCAAGGACGCUGAUGCAAAAAAGAAGAAGAAAAAGAGCUGGCUUCGAAGUUCCUUCAACAAAGCCUUCAGCAUAAAAAAGGGACCCAAGUCAGCUUCCUCAUACUCUGAUAUUGAGGAGAUUGCCACACCCGACUCCUCUGCCCCCUCAUCCCCCAAACUACAGCACGGCUCCACAGAGACUGCUUCGCCCUCCAUCAAGUCCUCCAACUCCUCCUCUGUGGGCAUUGAUGUCACCGAGGGCCCCGCCCACCCGGUUCCCCACACUAGGCUGUUCCAUGGCAACGAGGAGGAGGAGCCGGAGAAGAAGGAAGUAUCAGAACUGCGCUCCGAGCUGUGGGAGAAGGAGAUGAAGCUCACAGACAUCCGCUUGGAAGCCCUCAACUCUGCCCAUCAACUGGACCAACUUCGGGAGACGAUGCACAACAUGCAGUUGGAGGUGGACCUGCUGAAAGCGGAGAAUGACCGGCUGAAGGUAGCCCCCGGCCCCUCAUCAGGCUCCACGCCAGGGCAGGUCCCUGGAUCAUCUGCUUUAUCAUCCCCUCGCCGCUCCCUGGGCCUUGCCCUCACACAUUCCUUCAGCCCCAGUCUCACAGACACAGACCUGUCACCCAUGGAUGGCAUCAGUACUUGUGGUCCAAAGGAGGAAGUGACCCUUCGGGUGGUGGUGAGGAUGCCCCCCCAGCACAUCAUCAAAGGGGACUUGAAGCAACAGGAAUUCUUCCUGGGAUGUAGCAAGGUCAGUGGAAAAGUUGACUGGAAGAUGCUGGAUGAAGCCGUUUUCCAAGUGUUCAAGGACUAUAUUUCUAAGAUGGACCCAGCCUCCACCCUUGGACUGAGCACCGAGUCCAUCCAUGGCUAUAGCAUCAGCCAUGUGAAGCGAGUAUUGGAUGCAGAGCCCCCAGAGAUGCCUCCCUGCCGCCGGGGCGUCAACAACAUAUCGGUCUCCCUCAAAGGGCUGAAGGAGAAGUGCGUCGACAGCCUGGUGUUUGAGACGCUGGUCCCCAAGCCAAUGAUGCAGCAUUACAUCAGCCUCCUGCUCAAGCACCGGCGCCUCGUCCUCUCGGGCCCCAGCGGCACAGGGAAGACCUACCUGACCAACCGGCUGGCUGAAUACUUGGUGGAGCGUUCCGGCCGCGAGGUCACGGAGGGCAUCGUCAGCACUUUCAACAUGCACCAACAGUCUUGCAAGGAUCUGCAACUGUAUCUCUCCAACCUGGCCAACCAGAUAGACCGGGAGACAGGAAUUGGGGAUGUCCCCCUGGUGAUCCUGUUGGAUGACCUGAGUGAAGCAGGCUCCAUCAGUGAGCUGGUCAAUGGGGCUCUCACCUGCAAGUACCACAAAUGUCCUUAUAUUAUAGGUACCACCAAUCAGCCGGUAAAAAUGACACCCAAUCAUGGCUUGCACUUGAGCUUCAGGAUGCUGACCUUCUCCAACAACGUGGAGCCAGCCAAUGGCUUCCUGGUUCGUUACCUGAGGAGGAAGCUGGUAGAGUCGGACAGUGACAUCAAUGCCAACAAGGAAGAGCUGCUUCGGGUGCUCGACUGGGUGCCCAAGCUGUGGUACCAUCUCCACACCUUCCUUGAGAAGCACAGCACCUCAGACUUCCUUAUCGGCCCUUGCUUCUUUCUGUCCUGUCCCAUUGGCAUUGAAGACUUCCGGACCUGGUUCAUUGACCUGUGGAACAAUUCUAUCAUUCCCUACCUACAGGAAGGAGCGAAGGAUGGGAUCAAGGUCCAUGGACAGAAAGCUGCUUGGGAGGACCCAGUGGAGUGGGUCCGGGACACUCUUCCCUGGCCAUCAGCCCAACAAGACCAGUCGAAGCUGUACCACUUGCCUCCACCUACCGUGGGCCCUCAUAGCAUUGCCUCACCUCCCGAGGAUAGGACAGUCAAAGAUAGCACCCCAAGUUCUCUGGACUCAGACCCUCUGAUGGCCAUGCUGCUGAAGCUUCAAGAAGCUGCCAAUUACAUUGAGUCUCCAGAUCGAGAAACCAUCCUGGACCCCAACCUCCAGGCCACACUUUGAGGGCCCAACAGUCCCUGUUACCCCGGACAGCAGAAUGCCGGCAGGAGCGACGUUCUCUCCUCCUCUCCCCUCUCUUCUUCCAGAGCACUGGCUCUCCAGCCCGAGGAGAACAGGAGGGGGAGGAGGAGGUGAAGGAAGAGGGCAGGUUCUUGGUGCUGCACCUUCAAGAACUUCCUAGGAAGGACUGGUGGGGUGGAGUUUGGAAACUUGUGUCCCCUAGAUCCAUUUACUGGCCUCCUCUCAUGACUUUGGGGAAAAGAUGAUUCUGGGUCUUUUUCCUUGAUUUCUUGUCUCAAUUAGAAACUCCUAGGCUUUCUGGGGAGGGGCUCAGAAGACAUCAGCAAAACCUGCAGCAGUUCCUAAAUGAUUCUCAUGAACAGCUCUGAGAGAGACAGCCCUGUGUGGGGAAACCUGAGGGAGGUGGAAGCUCCCCAGAAUUUCUCACAGACCCUUCCGAGUUCUGUCACAACUGCCAAUCACUCUUCUUCCCCCAGAGAUCUGGCUGGAGCCAAGAAAAAGAAGCAUGUGGUUUAAAAAAUGUUUAAAUCAAUCUGUAAAAGGUAUUUAAAAAAAAAAAAAAAAAAAAAAAGGAAAGAUGAAGCUGGAGAGAGAGGAAACAGUUGCCAAGGUAGAGAGAGCGCUGCCCAUCCCUGGAUAACAUAAGGGAUGAUGACAAGAUGGCUGCCUAUCUCAGAAGUCACCACACCACAAAAAUAACAUUCCAGCCUUCAGAGAAAGACUGCUAGCCGUCUUACACCCUUUAAUUUAACAUGCAUGACAGUCAAUAAACCCUACUUUUUUUAUUUUUUA